CCCCAUAUUUUACAGUUUUAUGCCGCGCACUUUAUCGCUUUGAAGUCGGAACAUUUCGGUCGCUCCAGAAGCCGAACUCCGGCGUGGCCAUUUUGUGCCGUGACGCUAGCUCGCCGGUAGCAGACAAUAACAAGUUAUUCUGCUAGCCUGCUAGCAUUGUGUGUGCCCGUGUGGCCAGAUUAAUUGGGAUUUAGUCCGACGUGGGGGUCAGCCAUAUCGGGGGUUUCUUUGGGGAGGGGGUGGGCUCGUAGCGCUGAAUGCCAUCACUGAUGGUGAUGAGCCAAGAAGAAGCCACCAUUGUUCUUUUCCUCGGCACCCGCCCGCCACCCACUUCCUCCCCCGCGUUAACCGCCACUUUUAACCGCGUUGGUCCUUUCAGUCGGCCGAAAGCAGGGUAUAGUCUCCUGGAAUAGUGAGCUCGUUGUCGGGUGCAGAUCUGCUGGUGUAUUGUGUGCAUACCAGGGGUGGACGGAUCGAUCCAAAUGUUGAUAUUGUCGACACCAUAGAGUAGAAUCUGUAUUGCAUCGAUGCUAUUGUGAUGAGAUCGCUGUUUUUCCCAGUUUUCUGAUGUCACCACAGACAUCUGUUGUUAUUGGUGUUGUGUUGCUCUUAUUGCUAAAUUGUCGAUAUUGUGUCAUCGCCAUGCUCAAAACCAAUCAAAGGUGAAAUAGCUCAAUGAUCUCGAAAAAAAUCGAAAUACAAAGUCCAUCUUGUAUUUACACGGUAUCGGACCGAUGCAGAAUUUCACCGUAUCGCCCAUGCCAAGUGCGUCCGGGAAGAGGAGGAGGAGGCUGUCAUUGACUGCAGCAUAUUGCCAACCAUGUGUGUGUGUGUGUGUGUGUGUGUUAGUACUGUUUGAUGCACAUGGAAUUGGAAUCACGCACGAGGCACACUCGUGAUGACACAGGCGUCGCUUGACUUCCGAAUGAGGAGUGAAGUUGAGGAAGGGAAAGCCGUCGUAGGACGCGUGCUGUGGUGGUCCCUGGUGAAAUGUUGCUACUUGUGGCUGGAUGUGAACAUCCACAUGCUCGUUACUAACACGUGCAGCAGGGCCACGAGGUGGAAGCCUCCAUCCAUUUUUUUAAUAACGAGUGCUGGGUUAUUGAUGAAAAUCCAUCAUUCUCAAGUGAAGGCGUUGGAACUGGAGCACGUGCUGUCCCUAUUUUUAACUGCUGACCUCCUCCCGAGGUGCAGAGAGUGAUGCCUUGUUUCCUACGGCGGCCGUUAAAGCCCGCUCUCUGUGGGCUCGUUGUUAUGGAUCUCUGUGGGGCCGUGGAAAGAAAGGUUAGACCACAAUCAAUCAUCCCACUGCUUGAUUAGGAGCUCCUCCUCCUCCACUGAGGGACACACAUUGAAAAAUGGAAAGGUGUGUGAUGAUAUUGGUCACAUUUCGGUUUGUUAAGAGGCUAAUGUAAAGGCUAUUUCUUCCUUGGACUGUGUUGCUGUUGGCAUAGUCAUCACUGAUGGUUGCUGUACUGGUGCGCCGUCUGCAGCAUGCGGACUCUGCAUGAGCCCAAAGGCAAAGCUCUCAGUUUAGUGGUGGAUCUACGUUCCUACCCUCACCCAUGGUCGUAAGCUUUGGGUAGUGACCGAAAGGACAAGAUGGCGGCCCAAAUGAGUUUUCUCCGCAGGGUGGCUGGGCUCUCCCUUAGAGAUAAGGUGAGGAACCACUGUAAUCCGGGAGAACCUCUGAGUAGAAGCGCUGCUCCUCCGCAUUGAGAGGAGCCAGAUGAGGUGGCUCGGGCAUCUGGUCAGGAUGCCUCCCUGGGGAGGUGUUCAGGGCACGUCCGACCGGUAGGAUGUCUCUCAACCCGUGCCUCCGCCGGGUGGGUGGAGGGUGUGCCUCCUGCAUCCCUUGGCGGGGCGGCCCUGUGUCGGGGGUCGGGCGGGGGUUGGCCCGGGGCGGGCCGGGCUCCGCUCCCUGGGGGUGGGGGUGGCGGUGGGGGGGAAUUGGCGCUUCCGGCGCGGGCGGGCUUCUUUCCGGCUGUGGAGGCGUCUCUGGGCCUGCCGGUUUGUGGCCCCCGGUACCCGUCUGCCUUUGUGGGGUGUGAUCUCUCGCUGGUCUCAGGGGUUGGCAGUCCUCCGGCCCGCUGGCGCCCUGUCCUUGGCUGGGAUUGCCUCUCUUCGGCCCCUUACUGGUCUUCCCGGGGGGGGGGCUCUCUGGGCUGGCUCUUGGGGCACUGAUCUUUGUGCUGCCUGCCCCUAUGGGCCUGGUGGCCUUCUGGCGGCCGGGGCCCGGCCUUGCUAUUUGGGGCGGGGCUCUCUGGGAGGUGGAAGGCGGCCCCUUUCCUUUCAUGCACUCUCAGUGACAAUCACACGCCCACACAUUCCUGCACCUUUAUAUAUAUAUAUGAAGUCUUCCUUACAUACAGAGAUACCUGUACAUGUGCACACUCACAGUACAUGCGUACUUCCCCACAUUACUCACUGAGUUAUCCAGGGUGUUAUUAUGUUGUUGGUUUUAUUACAGCGACGGUGAUUUCAGCAGUAUGACUAUAUAUAUAUAUAUGUGUGUAUGUGCGGUAUGUAUGUGUAUAUAUAUGUAUAUAUAUAUAUAUAUAUAUAUAUAUAUAUAUGUAUAUAUGUAUGUAUGUAUGUGUAUGUAUGUAUAUAUGUGUGUAUAUGUAUAUUUUUUUUUUACAAUGAUGUGCAUUACAGUAACUUUGAUUCUAUUCACUAUCAUGGAUAAUCAUUUCAUUACUACAGUUAUGUGUGACUGUUUCAAUGCGGUAUUAUCAUGGUGAUCACUAUCAUAAUUCAUCAUUUCAUGACUGCUAUUGUGUGCGACUGUUUCAAUGCAGUAUUGUCAUUGUGAUCACUGUCAUAGUUCAUCAUUUCAUGACUGCUAUUAUGUCUGAUUGUCAUUGACAGCUUUGUCAUUGCGGUUGUUGAUAUUGAUUUGUCCUUUAUCCUUGUUCGUCUUUAUAGUUGUCACGGACAUUUAUUUGCUGAUGUCGUUCUGUAUGUUUCUGUUGUUCUGUCACAAUUGUUGUUGCUGCUGUUGUCCUUGUCUCUUGUCUCUCUUUUUUUUGUUUUUGUCCCCCCCCCCCCCCCGUUUCCUUUUCUCUUCUUCUCUGUCCCCACCUGCUCUGGUCCGGUCGCUCCCAAAUUUGCUUUAUAACAAGCAUCAAGGUCGAAUAAAUUUUGUAUGACAGGGGAAGUGUAUAUCACACUUCUCUCUGGCAGAGUAAAUCUGUUGAGCACUUGACGGCAUUUAGGUAUACAAUUCUAUCUGCUUUAAAGGCUGGACAGGACAGGGGGAAAAAAAAAAAAAAAAAAAAAAAAAAAAAAAAAAGGAUGUCUCUCAACUGGUCUCAGCCGGGGAGAGGGAAUCUAAAGGUGUAGUAAUAAUAAUAAUAUCUCAAUCCAAUGUGGGUGAAGAUAUGCUAAGAUAAAGAAAAAGCAGCUCUGUGGUGUAGCUGACAAAAGGCACACUCUUAGUUUCUCUUCUGAUUUAUUCCACAGGCAACUCAAUCACCUUUUUAGGGUGACCUUUGUCUUGUAAGUCUGCUAGCACGUGUUUACAGGCAGAAAUGAUUCAUCGUGACACAAAAACCAUCAAAGGCACACAAGUCAUUAUGUGUCACUCACACACCCACUUCUUAGCGCUCCAAACCUUCACUGCAACCACCCGGAAGGUGUUGGAAUUGCCUAAUCCAGUUCAAGGUUUACACAUUAACUACUACUACUACUACUACUACUACUAGCCGGCUAGCCGCUAGCUUCAGCACACGCUAGCCAAAGGUAACGCUACAUAUUGGAGCUGUGUUGUUGUUGUUGACGCUAGGUGUAGCGUUCCUUUCUAUGUUGCUAUGUGAAAUCAAAGCUGCCAGAAUAGUCCAAGUAUGACAUGUUAUCAUGAAUGUACCUGUUACUACACGCUCACAGCAUGGAUAGAAAACCACUAAACCUCCUUGGAGCUUUUUGGACCUGUUUUCAUAGGCGGGAUAGGUGUGUCCCAUUACCUGCAUUCGUUAGCUGCCUCUUUUUACCUCUUUCUAUAUCUUUAGAAGGCACCGAAAAGAGAAAGACACGAGUGUUCAUGUCUCACAUGAGGACUGUGGAUGAUGGGUGCAGGUUUCCUUUAAGAGGUACCGUAGGUGCAUUGCAGUAUGUUGGCACUGAUUGGACCAAGAUGAUCCCCACGUGGCCCCCAGUGCCUGCCCCACGAGGCCGGACUGGGACUACAGGAAGAAGACUCUCUCCCAGUGUAUGUGUGGCAACAACAUGUCUGUGCCGCUGCUCGCCGAGGCUGUGACGGUGUCCGGGAACGAGAAGGAAACCGCGGCGGUGAUCUUCCUUCAUGGGUUGGGAGACACGGGGCACGGGUGGGCCGACACCUUGACGGGCAUCCAGCUGCCUCACGUUAAGUUCAUCUGCCCCCACGCGCCACGCAUCCCCGUCACUCUCAGCAGGAACGUCACCAUGCCCGCCUGGUUUGACCUGAUGGGUCUCAGCCCUGACAUCCCUGAGGACGAAUCUGGGAUCAAAGAGGCAGCAGAAAAAAUCAAGGCCAUCAUCGAACACGAGGCUAAAAACGGCAUCCCUCCUCACCGUAUCAUGCUCGGAGGCUUCUCUCAGGGUGGGGCGUUGUCCCUGUAUACCGCCUUGACCUGCCAGCACCAGUUAGCUGGCGUUGUGGCCCUCAGCUGCUGGCUGCCGCUUCACAAGACCUUCCCUUCGGCGUCCAGCGGCCACCAGAACCUGCCCAUCCUGCAAUGCCACGGCGAGAGUGACGACAUGAUCCCCGUGCAUUUUGGCGCCAUGACCGCAGAAAAGCUCAAAUGCAUAGUCAACCCACAGAUGAUCACCUUCAAAACAUACCCAGGGAUCCCUCACUCGUCCUGCACUCAGGUGUGGGAACCUUGUCACGCUAGUGUGGCCUCUCAUGCAGCUAUGGAGGCCACCAAAGUAUGAGAAACAAGAGUCAGUAUGGUGUACUUGACCAGCCUCCAUCUCUGCAUAACAGCUUUAAAUUGUGGACCCUGAAAUGGUAUCAUUGUGAAAUACACAUUCUUUUUCACUUUUGGCUAACCUUACCUUUUUUUAACCUCUGACACUUUACCGCUUACCUUUCUACCGUUUCAAGCUAUUCAUCGGACUUGAACCACUUGUUUCUAUAAAUAACUGGAAAAACUGGGCUGUUCUAAAACAUUUGAGCGGUAGUGUAGCUCCGAUAACCAAUAAUGAAACACUCCAAUGAGGCGAUAUUACCCGUACUGUGCGGGUGAGCAAAUCGAGUGCUCCUUUUUUUCCUCUGCUUGCCUGUGAUGUCGGCCUGUGCUAACUUCCCCUGAGCUCGCUUGUGAACAAACAUUCACUUUCCGAUGAAGACAUUUCACUUGUAGUCGUACCACAUGCGUUAUUGAGCGGCGUUUGAAAAGUGCAAAAGGUUUGCCCGAGACCUGCGUGGUGUCACACCGGCUGCUCGGAGCGUGUGUCCGAAUACAGUGCACCUUGCCGUGGCCUCUCCCCCUCUAUACUCUGGUUCUCCUGAUAGUAGUAAUGUGGUAGCAGUAAUUCAUGAUAUUUCAUUAGCAGUAAUCAACAAAUCCUCAUUUGUUCCAGUCCUCCUUACCUCCAGGUGAGCCCAAACUAAUAACUAAAUGUGAGUUUGAAAAGUUAUGGGUACCAUAUUGGAAAGCCAUUGGUAUCAGUUGGAAAGAAAGGUUUGUGCAUAUCUAACAUGUACAGUAUGUGCAUGUAUACAGUAUAUGGAUGGCAGGGAUCUGUCAUUAGUCCUAAGAAGGACCUUUGGCUGCCCUGCAAAGUGCCUGGUGUAAAACAAAAACAUGAGGUCCACCCUGGAGGGUACCUGCACUAAAUAACGUGCGGUAUAUGACAUUAGGGAGUUUACAACAGCAGUGGAGCGGCUGAGUCCCAAAGAUUGACUGGUCAAUGAGGAUGGACGGGUUGGUUGCAGUGUAUUGCAGUAGAGAAUGUGGGCUACCUGGCUAGCUAUGUUUGAAUGUCAUAGGGUGAUGCAGGUGUGCCUAAUCAGUUGUCCUGCCUGUCACGUGUGUGUUUUUGUCUGGCUUGCAGGAGAUGCUGGCGGUAAAGGAAUUCAUUGAGAAGUACUUGCCUCGGAUCUGACCUCACCUCCUCAUCCUGACUGUGAAGCCCUCCCAUGACACUGACCUCUAACCCUCGAUCUGUCGUUCCCCAACAGGAAACAGCCAUGCACACCCCUUCUUCCUUCCACGCACACGUUUGUCAGAAAUGAAUUGGAUAACAAAGUGCUCACACUCCUCAUGGGUAGCCUCGGGAGGGAGAAACAUGGAACAUUCCUGUUGAUGUGUCGUGCUGUCGUCUUAUUUUGGUUUGGUUUCUUCCUUUUUCCUCUUUCGUGUUGCUUUUGAGUGUCCGCUGGUCAGACCCCCCCCCCCCCCCCCCACCACCACCACCACCACCACCACCCACACACACACACACACACACACACACACCUUGUUUUUAUUUGAUGGGCCCAAGUUUAAACUGCGUAAUGCACCCUCCCUCCAUUGGCAACUUGUGUCUAACCCCACCCAUCCAAGCUCAAAGCUUGCAAACUGCUAAGGAACCUACGUGAUGAUUACUUUUCCAAAUGAAAGUUAACCUAUGCUUUUAUCAGGUGUUGUGCAUUUUCCUUUGCCAUUGUUGCUUUCAUUCUCCUUGUGUUCUUCCGUUUACAACGUUGGUGGGAGGAGGGACAUCCUGCUUUGAUUGUUGACAAGUCAAUGAAUGUCUGGAAGUCGUGUCACGUAUGAAAUCAUGCAAAGGUUUUUGCUUUGUGUCCUCUUCCACUGCUGACUCGUGUUUUCUUGUUUUCUAAUUCCAGAAUGUGUGAUGAUGUCACACAUUCUCAUGCCGUUUCUCCUGGAUUGUAUGUUGGAAUUGGUUUGAAUUUUUACAUAUGUUGUUUUUGUGUCACGGAACA